AGAAAUCCGCCUGCCUCUGCCUCCCGAGUGCUGGGAUUAAAGGCGUGUACCACCACGCCCGGCCUGGCUUGGGUUUCUGUUCUAACUUUUUGAUAAUGAACUGUAUUUUAGUUAGGGUUUUACUGCAUCUAGGCAGGCAUGGUGCAGGAGCAACUGAGAGUUCUACACCUUCAUCUGAAGGCUGCUAGAAGAAUACUUCUAGGCAGCUAGGAUGAGGGUCUUAAGCCCACACCUGCAGUGACAUACCUACUCCAACAUAUCCCGAGCUUAUCCCCGUCCCGCGGGAAAUAAACACAGGACACACCAGAUUCUUCCACGGUUAACUUUUACUUCUAUAUCAUAUUGAGGUAGACAAAGAAGGCUCAGAAAGUGUGUGGCUUAAAUACUUUUGGUGACGUGUCUAAACUAGGACUGGUAGCAACACCCAUGAUCCUCAUGCACCCUGGGGAUAGGUUAAAGCCCCCAGGGGUUGGGCAAAAGCUGGCAUAAGCUUUAUAUGGUUUAGCACCAUCUAGUGGCGGCACAUAUAUUGCAGCCCUUUACACCAACAAGUCCAUACCUCCUAAUAGGGCUACUUUCUGGGCCAAGCACAUUCCACUCCCUGGCCCCCAUAGGCUUGUUCAAACAUAUGAGUCCAUGGGGGCCAUAUCUAGCCACAGCAUAAUAAAAAGUACAUUUAAUCCAACUUCCAAAAUCCCCAUAGCAUUCUCAACAAUGUUAAAAGUCCAAAGUUCAAAGUCUCUUCUGAGAUCCAUCUAGUCACUUAACUGUAAUCUCCAAAGCAAGACAGGAAACUGGCUGGGCAAACCCCAGACUCUACAUUUCCAUGUCUGAUGUCAAAGUGGUCUUCAGAUCUCCAACUCCUUUUUCAUCUUUGUUGACUGCAACAAACUUCUUUCUUCUGGGCUGGUUCCACUCUUUCUUAGCAGCUUUCCUCAGCAGAUAUCUCAUGGCUCUGGCAUCUCAAACAUCUUGGGGCCUUCAAGGCAACUUCAAUACUAUACCUUUUUGUUCUAAUGCCUGGGAUCCAAACAUGAUCUUCUGGACUCCUCCAAAGGGUCAGCAUCACUUCUUCAGCUCUGCUCUCUGUAGCACUCUAAGCUCAGGUUGAUCCACUCCAUUGCUGCUGCUGUUCUUGGUGAUCAUCCCCAUGGUAGUGGCAUCUCCAAUAUACUAGGGUCUUCCACUGCAACUAGGUUUUACCAAUAGUCUCUCAUAGGCUCUCAUCAUGGUGCCAAGCCUCAACUCCUUUGCAUGUUCCCUUCAGUCCUGGGCGAUCAACUACAACUGAGGCUGCAUCUUCACCAAUGGCCUUCCAUGAACUCUCACAGUGCCAAGCCUUAGCUGCUCUUCAUGACCCCUUCAUGCCUUAAAAACAAGUUCCACUUGAGUGACUCUUACACAUUACCAAGUACGGCUGCAGCAUGAGGUACAACCUUGGCUAUCUUUGGAACACAGCCUCUUUGUUCUCAGAAAAACUUCCCAGAACAUUUCACUUCAGUGAUGCCGAUCUCUUCUUAAUCACCACUAAUUUCUUAGCUCCAGCUAACCAGCAUCAAUUGUCCUAGUAGUCCCUUCUAUUCUGGACUCUAAAGCCAGAGCCACAUGGCCAAAACUGUGGAUUUCUGCUGCUUGUUGGGGCUGGAACAUGGCUCUCUUGUUCGAUUACAUUAUCACCAGCUUUCUGUUCUUCAACACCUUCACUGCCUAAGUUUGGUUGUCCUGGAACUUGCUCUGUAGACUAACUUUGAACUCAGAAAUCUGCAUGUCUGUCUCCUAAACACUGGGAUUAAAGGUAUGGUCCACCAAGUCUGGAUUUAAAUUUUUCUUCACUUAGACCCUGCUUUUUCCCAGGAUGGCCUUGAACUCAGAGAUUUGCUUGGCUUUAUCUCCUGGGAUUAAAAGCUCGAACUACCAUGCCUGGAUCUAAAUUUAGCUGGGUAGGAUCUUGCCCCAAAGCCCCACUCCCUUCAUCUGCUGUCUUCUAGAACCCAGGAUUAGGAUCCAUUUCACUUCCUGGUACCUGUUUAAUACUUGAACCAUAUAUUUUUUAUUUUUCCUUUCUAAGCUUGCUCCACUUGUUUAAAAUCCUCUUCAUGGGACUUAACCAGAAAACAAAGUCUAUGAUGGGAUUAAAGGUAUGGUCCACCAAGCCUGGAUUUAAGUUUUUCUUCACUUUGACUCAUUUCUGAGACUUCCUUUGUCAGUGCAAUUAAUCUGAUUCUUUUCACCUUAGCCUCAGGUAGACUCUUCAGACAAGGGCAAAAAGUAGCCACAUUCUUCACCAAAAUAGCACAAAAAUGGCCUCUAGGCCACAUAUUGAAAUUCUCCACUGAAACUUCUUGGGCCAGGUCUGCACAAUUCAAAUCACUCUUAGUAACAAAGUCUUUCAUAUUCCUACUAGGAUUGCUCAUUAAGCCCCAUUUAAAGCGUAGCACUGCUUUGCAAAUCCAAAGUCCCCAAAUCUACAUUCUUCCAAACAAAAGCAUGGUCAGGCCUGUCACAGCAAUACCCAACUCCAGCCACCAACUUUUGGCUUAGGGUUUUACUGCUGUGAACAGACACCACGACCAAGGCAAGUCUUAUAAAGACAACAUUUAAUUGCUGCAGGCUUACAGGUUUAGAGGUUCAGCUCAUUAUCAUCAAGGUGGGUACAUGGCCCCAUCCAAUCAGGUGUGGUGCAGGAGUUUUAUAUCUCCCGCUGAGAGUUCUACAUCUUCAUCUGAAGGCUGCUAGCAGAAUACUGGUUUUCAGGCAUCUAGGAUUAGGGUCUUAAGCCCACCCCCACAGUGACACAUUUCCUCCAACAAGGUCACACCUCCUAAUAGUGCCACUUCCCGGGCCAAGCCUAUACAAACCAUUACAAACUGUAAUAUGAAAAUGUGAGUAAAAAAAAACCCCUUUUGCUCCCUCCCCCCAAAAUGAUUGCAAUCUGGCAUUAGUUACUCAUAGUUUAAGGACUGUAAAAUCCAGAAUACAGAAAAAACAUCUUGAAUAGUUGAUAAUGAAACAAUAUUAGAAUGUUCUUUUUCCAUACCUUGUUCAUGUCAAAGCAACUAAGAAAUGAAUAUAAAACUACAGGUUCCUAGAAUAUGCUUGGGUAGACAUAAGAAUGGAUGCCACAGGUGGAAGAGAGGAGUCAUUACUGUCUUAGGGGGAAACAGGCAUGGAGAUUCUCGGGGGUGGUGUGAGGUUAGGCUGUAAGACCCAGCUUCACCUGUAUCUGCAGCCUCCAGCUGUGCUAGCUGCUCACUGGCAGCAGCUCACUUAGCUCCCAGCAGGCUGUUUUGGUUCCCCUGGGGUGUGUGUUUGCCCAAGGUUGAAUGUCUAGGCUGAUGUAAAUUCACAUGAGUCUUUGAGGUCUAAGCAUUGUAGAUCAUUAGCAGUUUCCUUUGAUAACUGAUAACUAUUUGUUGAAGCCACACAGCUAAUAGAAUUUCUCAUUUGGCUGGGGAAGCGAGUAUAUACAUCAGGUAAAUCAAUGUGUAAAAUAAAUCAAAGCAAACACACAGCGUGGAAGUCUGACAUCUCCUUAGUGGACUGGAGUGACACCAGGAAAUUUAUGGGUGUUGACCGUUCAGUUUAUGCCAUGUGGUUUCAAUAAUCUAUAAAUUACAUGGCAUUUAUCCUUUUUUAUGAAACCAUGGUGAAGAAGAGAAGUUGCAGAGAGAAAGAGCCAUCUAAACUCUUUGAAACUGAGACGCAGAGCUGCAAGAUAUGGGUUUUGCCUAGAAAGAUUUCAGUCUUUCCUUGGUCCAGGUUUUUUUUUUUUUGUUUUAUUCCUUUUCUCUUUGUUGGAAAGAGUAUGUGUAUUCUGUGCCAUUGUGCAGCCAUAUAUAUAUAUAAAAUAUGAUAUCACAGUCAAGAUCUUGCCUGGAGCCUUUUCGCCACGAUGGCGCCAAAAGCGAAGAAGGAAGCUCCUGCCCCUCCCAAAGCUGAAGCCAAAGCGAAGGCCUUGAAAGCUAAGAAGGCGGUGCUGAAAUGCAUCCACAGCCACAAAAAGAAGAUCCGAACGUCACCCACCUUCCGGCGGCCCAAGACCCUGCAGCUCCGGAGGCAGCCAAAAUAUCCUCAGAAGAGUGCGCCCAGGAGAAACAAGCUUGACCACUAUGCAAUCAUCAAAUUCCCACUGACCACUGAGUCAGCCAUGAAGAAAAUAGAGGACAACAACACUCUUGUGUUCAUUGUGGAUGUCAAGGCCAACAAGCAUCAGAUCAAACAGGCUGUCAAGAAACUCUAUGACAUUGAUGUGGCCAAAGUCAAUACCCUGAUAAGACCUGACGGAGAGAAGAAGGCGGAUGUUUGCUUGGCUCCUGAUUAUGAUGCCCUAGAUGUGGCCAACAAGAUUGGGAUCAUCUAAACUGAGUCCAGAUGGCUAAUUCUAAAUAUACUCUUUUUUUUUCACCAUUAAAAAAAAAAUCUUGCCUGGAGUGUCAGAAAAACCUUUGGACAUUGGAACAAUGUUGGUACUAUUCCAUAAUAUGGCAAUCUUUGAAGUAAAACUAAAUAUGUUUUGCGUAAUGGGAUGACUGGAAUAGGCUCUACACAGGAGCAUGCCAUGACCUGUGUUGAAAUGUGGUAGGCUGAAUGACAACUCUUCCCAGGUAGGAUGGUUUAUUUGAACAUUUGCCUCAUGUUUGUGGCUUUCAUUGCAGUGCUUAUGGAACCUUAGGAGGAGGAGCCUUUCUGGAGGAGGUUAGUCUCUGGGGAAGGGUGUUGAGUGCUUAUUUUCUCACCACACUUCAUCUUUUUACGAAUUCUGGUGGUUCAAACUGAGCACCAUGCUUUCUUCUCAUGCAUCCACACCUUUCCACCAUUACACACUCCAUCCCUGAAAAGUGUAAGGUAGAAUAGAAGCAGUUGCUCACUAAGCUAAUUUUCUGGCCUUACAUAUUUUAUUUUUAUAUUGCUGGCUGAUAGAAUUAAUUUUUUAAGGGGUUGAAAGGUCAAGAUUUUAUUGUCUUCAUAACAAAAUUGGCUUAGAACUUGAUCAGUUGGCUCUUUCUCAUCUUAUUUCCUCCCAGUUAAAAAUGCUUGCAUCUCUUAAUAGCCAGCAUCCUCUUAGAUCUUCAGUUGGGCUCAACACAUUCAAGUCUCAGCACAAUCUUCUAUGUAGUUUUAAGCCUUUUUGUGGAAAAUAGGCUUAGUCUGCCCACCAAAAACACACUGUUUCCUGUUAUAAUGCUGCUUUCCCUGGAUAUACAAAGAAUCAUUGCUCUUUUUGUACUGUGUCACCUUGUGGGAUUGGUGCUUCCCCAUAUUUCUUGCAGAAUGUCUGGUGGGUCUUAGGAACAUCCACCAUGUUUGCAGGACUGCUAUCAGCUCAGAAAGCAUAAUUAGGUUUUGUACGUGUCACUCCGUUCCUCCUGUGCCGAGCUUUGCUCACAGCUUGACUUUGGAACCUUGGCAGAGGGUAUUGUUUUCACCAGGAUGGCAUCCAUUCGUGACAUUAAUACUGAGGCUUCAGGAUCAUCGCAUUGCAGUUCAACAUUCUUGCUACCUUUGUGGAGUUUUGAUUUUGAAAAAAACAGAACAAAAAACAUGGGCUGGCGAGAUGACUCAGUGGGUAAGAGCACUGACUGCU